AUGUGCUACAGAAUUGAACGAGUUCGGUGGUGCGGCUGUGUGAACAGGAUCUGGAGGCCAGGUCCAAGGACUUGUUCGAGAGCUAUCCGGGAAAACCGCGACAGAUCUCGGGCUAGACCCUGUUCAAACUUUCGGCACACGACGACAAGAGCCAUCGAUAUUCCCUGCUCGCGGAUGGAAUGUCGCCUGGCGUUCAAAAUGGAAAGAGGCUGGACCUGUUGUCGAUGCCAACAAUCCGGACAACACACCGCCCGGUGCGACGGGCCUCCCGGGCGAGGCUCCCGUAAUGUUUGGGACGUACCUCUGUCCCCAUGCUCGCACCAAGUAUGCGGGAGGUGUGGCCCUACUGUAUUUGAUCCAACGUGA